AUCGAUUCAAUACAACCCUAAAUUGAGAACGGAGCUUCUACUUUCGCCGGUCGGACAACGACAACUUUGACGGCGAUACUUUUUCCGGCAUCUUCUUCUUCUUCUUCUUCUCAUUUUCAGGGUAGAAGAAGCAAAUAAAUGUCGAUUAAAGGUAGGAAAUUUGGUGGAAAGGGGGAGGCAGUGGCAUCACAUUAUGCAUUUGGCCCACUUGAAGAUGAUAUAAUUAUUAAGCAUAGACUUCUGACUCGGACCACCACCACCAGAGGUGAACCACCACUGAAGAAACUUCAGAAGAAGUUCACUACUUUUGCUUUGGAGAUAGAGAAGGAAGCCGAUAACUACAGUGAUUGUGAAAGACUUGCCAAAGCAUUCUUGCAAGAGCUAAAUACUUUUGAGAUUCCUCUCCUAAAGAGCAAAGCAGUCAUAGAUGCGAAUGUGAGUGAAAAGGAGAAUUUUAAUGACCUGAAAGGUGAAAUCAACAAGCAAAUCGUACAGGCUCAGGCUGACAUAGAAGAUCUCAAGAGGCAACUCAAAGAAAGCAAGGUUGAAAGGAAGCACAAAGAAGAGGGUGAGGCUAUCAGGAAGUUGAUUGCUAUGCAGCCUCCAAGAUCAGAAACUCAGAAGGUUAUAACAGAGCUUGAGAAAGAGAUAGCUAUGUUGGAAGCAGAGAAUACUGCUAGUUCGAGGACAUUGGACCUUCGUAAAAAGCAGUUUGCCCUUUUAUUGCAUGUGGUUGAUGAGUUGCAGAACACAAUAGAGGAAGAGCAAAGGAGUUUGGUCGAAGAGAUGAGGAAUGUAGCCGAUGAUCAUAGCAAGAGUGGAGUGGGGGAUGCUACCGUGGGUCCUGAAGCAAUGGCUGUUGAUUAGCAAGUGAAUACUUAGUUCUUGUAUGCUAGGUUUACUCUUACAUACAUGUUUCAUACUGGCUGGUCACUUAUUGCAGAAUUAUGUUUAACUGUAGCAAUAAAUAAGUCGGUGCUGUUUGAAAGCGAGAUGAGGAUUGAGGGUCUUGAUGUAUAGAUGAUGUUUCUGCAUGCUGUAAGAAAGCUUUGAAUGCUGCUUGAUUUUAAGGUGUAUUAUUGGUAUUCAGGUCUCGGAGUGCUGCUAGGCUUUACCAGGGUCCAUUGGAGACUGAUGGCUAUUGGAGCUCAAUCCUGUGAUGUAUAACAUUUAAGUGAGAUGGAUUUGAUCAUAUUGUUGUGUAUAAUUCUUUACAUUUUGUAUUAAGUUUCGGCACUCAAUAGGAACAAGCAUUAGUUCAUGUGUCUGAAUUGAAAAAUCGCGGAAGUUUGAGUGGCUGCUUAAUGUAUUUGGCCUUUAAAUCUAGGCCUUGAAUCUAUAUUUUGGUUAUGCUAUGCAUGGAAGCUUAUGAAAUGAACUCUGGGUUAAAAGUUGA